CAGAACAUCAGCCACAAGUUAGACAAAAGAGACAGGGGGACAUGUGGGUACUCUUUCUUCUCUCUUUCAUUUCCUGCUCCAUUUGUUCUAUCAGAUCUUUGAAAUCUUUUUGCUCUGCUGGAUUCGAAAUGGCUUCUGGGAAAUAUCAAGAAUCCUCAUCCUCACGGUUUUCUCGUUGUAAAUAUCAAGUAUUCUUGAGUUUUAGAGGUGAAGACACCCGCAAGAACUUUACUGAUCACCUCUAUACAGCUCUGGUUCAAGCAAGGAUUCGCACAUUUAGAGAAGAUAAUGAAAUCCGGGGAGGAGAAAAUAUCGAUUUGGAGCUCCAACAGGCAAUACAACAAUCAAAAAUAGCGAUAAUCGUGUUCUCCAAAAACUAUGCUUCAUCAAGAUGGUGCCUUGAUGAACUUGUAAUGAUCAUGGAGCGAGUGAGGACUGGUAGCUGCAUAGUUUUUCCAGUAUUCUAUGAUGUGGAUCCAUCCCAGGUCAGAAAGCAGACAGGGAGCUUUGCUGCAGCAUUUGUGGAACAUCAAAAGCAUUUCAAGGAGGAGAUGGACCGGGUGAAUGGGUGGAGGAUUGCUUUGAAGAAUGUUGCAGAUUUAGGAGGAAUGGAUUUAGGAGAUGGGUAUGAGGCACAAUUUGUCCAAUCUAUUGUGGAGAAGGUCUCAAUGAAAUUGGAUCGAAAAAUAUUUCAGGUCCCCCUUCAUUUCAUUGGAAGAGAUCUUCUAAUAAAUUGUAUCAACUCAUGGUUGCAAAAUGGCUCUGAUGGUGCUGCCAUUGUUAUACUCUAUGGAAUUGGUGGUGUUGGGAAGACAGCCAUAGCAAAGAGUGUUUAUAACCAAAACUUUUAUAAAUUUGCAGGCAAGAGCUUUCUAUCAAAUGUUAGAGAAAGGUCAAAAGAAUCCAAUGGUGUAGUUCGCCUACAGAGGCAACUUCUUUCUGAUAUCCUAAACAAGAUUGUUGAUGAGAUACAUGAUGUUGAUGAAGGGAUUAUAAAAAUUGAAGAUGCAUUAUGUUGCAGAAGAACUUUUAUUACUCUCGAUGAUGUAGACAAAAGGGAGCAAUUCAAUGCAAUAGUUGACAUGCGAAACUGGCUUUGUCAAGGAAGUAAAAUCAUUGUAACAACUAGAAAUAAGAGUUGGAUUACAGCUGAUGAUGAGUUUGUCGAGUUCAAAGUUAAACCUCUAGAUAACGAAAAAUCACUUGAGCUUUUCAGUUGGCACACCUUUGGACAAGCUCACCCUGUUGAGGAUUUUACAGAUCUUUCUUGGAGAAUAGUAAAUCAUUGCAAUGGACUUCCAUUAGCCCAUCGUGUUAUUGGUUCUUCAUUAUCUAGAAAAAGAAGACAAGUAUGGGAAAGCAUAUUACAAGAAAUGGAAGUGAUUCCUAACUGUGAAGUUCAAAAGGUUCUUAGAAUAAGUUAUGACUCUCUCGAUGAUGAUUAUCAGAAGGACUUAUUCCUUGAUAUUGCAUGUUUCUUCAAUGGCAUGGAUGAGGAUUAUGUAUCUACGAUACUAGACGGGCUUGGUGUAGGUGCAACGUAUAGGGUUGACAAUCUCAUCGAUAGAUGUCUUUUGGAAAGAGACCAAAAGAAAAGGUUGUGUAUGCAUCAACUCAUAAGAGACAUGGGACGGCAAAUUGCCCGCCAAGAAUCACCUAAAUGUCAAAGAAUAUGGCAUCACACAGAAGCUUUUACAAUAUUGAAAGAAACAAUUCAGGAUGCUGAGAAAUUGCGUGGCCUUACCCUAGAUAUGCAUGCAUUAAUGAAAGAUAAUUGCACAGAAGUCGUUUGUACUGAUUCAAUGGUUCGCCACAAGUAUAACUUGUUUCAACACUGUCCUCUUCCUCCAUUCCUCCCUUCAGAAUGGAUUUCCGAAUUUUUCUUUAGGGAACAAGUACAAGCUGGCCAAACAAGUUUAUUUCCCAUCCCCAGCACGGAUGUUUUCAGAAAGAUGCAAAAUGUAAAAUUCCUUCAACUAAAUUACAUGAAAUUCUAUGGAAGUUAUGAACACUUCCCCAAGAACUUGAUAUGGUUAUGUUGGCAUGGAUUCUCUUUGAGAUCCAUACCAAAGCACUUUUGCUUAGAGAAGCUUGUGGUUCUUGAUCUAUCUAAAAGCAGUCUAGUUGAUGCUUGGAAAGGCAAACUGUCUCUUCCAAAAUUAAAAAUUCUUGAUCUCCGUUACUCGCGUGAUCUCAUCAGAACCCCAAAUUUCUCAGGUCUCCCAGUCCUUGAAAAGCUAAUACUUGAAGGGUGUGUCCAUUUAGUUCAGAUUCAUGAAUCUAUUGGAGAUUUACAUUGUCUCGUGAUCUUAAAUCUGAAGAACUGUAAGAGUCUUUUAGAGCUACCGGAAGAAAUAAGCAGUUUGAGUUCACUUCAAUUGCUUCAUUUAGAUGGUUGCUCAAAUCUUGAUGGCUUGAAUAUGGGGUUAGAUCAUCAUCAGGGACUUAGGUUGCUUCAAAGUGAUGGAAUUGUUGCAAGUACAUCAUACAUUGAAUCUCUUCUGUUGAAGCUGUUCGUUCCCUCUAGAUUUUCAGCAAGGAAAAAUUCGAGAUUUACCUCCUUUCCAUUGCCACCAUCCUUGGUGUCUCUAAAUUUAAGUGAUACUCCACUUCGUUUUCUUCCAGAAAACAUUAAGGAUCUCAGUACACUCAGAUUCCUGGUUUUAGAAAGAUGCAAUAUGCUUCAGAUACUCCCAGAGCUUCCAUCCAACUUGGUUGUUUUAGAUGUGUCCUAUUGUUAUUCACUGCAAGGACUUGUAAAACAAUUCCUUUUUACCAGAGCACGUGAUUGUGAUCAAUUAGUUCAAUUCCAAGAUUUGAUUAAAUUGGAUUUAAUCCAGAAGGCUGACACACACAUGUUCAGAAUAAUGGAAAUGGUCAGCAUUGAAAUGCAGCCAAGGCUUUUUAAGAUACAGCUUCGGAACAACAUAUUCCACGUUCUCAUUUACAAUGAAGGAAAUGAGAUGUUGAGGUUUCAUGAGGAAGGAGAGGAGGGGCUAAUCCAGAAUGAGUUUGGAGAGCACUUGUCAUUCGAAGUAUCCACUCCUGCUGCGCACCGGAUAUGUGGCUUUAAUAUAUUCACAUGGUUUUCUUCCACGUCAGAAUUAAAUAUCGUAACUGAUCCUUUUAGUCUUGUCAUAAAAAACAAUACCAAGGGCAGAAGCGUGGUUUUUGACUGCUAUGGUUUUCUCCUAGAUUUAUGGGUUGAAAAAGGAUGGCUAUGGAUAAGCCACUGUAAAUGCGGGGUCGAUGAUCUUGGGUUUGAUGAUGGUGAUGAAUUCAGUGUUUCAGUGUUGAUGGAUGAUCCACGUGUUCAAAUAAAGAGGAUUGGUGUACGAAUAUUGCAUGAGGAGGGAGGAUCCAAGAAUGAUUAUAAUAAUAUCCAAUCAAACAAUGAAGCUACCACAUCCCAUAGCAGCAGUUGCAGCUGCUCAUCGGACAGUAAGGUUAUCACAGCAAACAGUAGGAGCUCCUUUUGGGACAAUCGAACUCUCGGUGAUGGAUAUGCAGCAAAAGCAGGAAUGGCUUCUCAACUUUUUAGACAUUAUUUUUGCUUUACACGUUGUAAUUAUGAUUUAUUAAACGUAUAUGCGUGUUUUUUUGAAAAGAAAUAAAUGGGAGAGGGAAGAGGGUAAUGAUAGGGUUGAAUUGAACA